GAGCCCGAGCGGACCGAGCCGCGGCCGCAGCCGGGCGGCGGGCGCAGAGGCGGCGGCGGCGGUGGUGCGGACAGUUAGUCGGCGGCGGCGGCGGCAAUGCGGCGGCCCCGCUGAGCCCGCUAGCUCCGGGCGCCGGAGGCCAGCCGCGCAAGGCGGCCCGGGCCGGGCAGCAGCAUGCGGAGCGGCGAGGAGCUGGACGGCUUCGAGGGCGAGGCCUCGAGCACCUCCAUGAUCUCGGGCGCCAGCAGUCCGUACCAGCCCACCACCGAGCCGGUGAGCCAGCGCCGCGGGCUGGCUGGCCUGCGCUGCGACCCGGACUACCUGCGCGGCGCGUCCGGCUGCCUCAAGGUCGCCCAAGUGAUUUUGGCCCUGAUCGCGUUCAUCUGUAUAGAGACCAUCAUGGAGUGCUCCCCGUGUGAAGGCCUCUACUUUUUUGAGUUUGUGAGCUGCAGUGCGUUUGUGGUGACUGGAGUCUUGCUGAUUCUGUUCAGUCUCAACCUUCACAUGAGGAUCCCCCAGAUCAACUGGAACCUGACAGAUUUGGUCAACACUGGACUCAGCACUUUCUUUUUCUUUAUUGCUUCCAUUGUACUGGCUGCUUUAAACCACAAAACCGGAGCAGAAAUUGCUGCCGUGAUAUUCGGCUUCUUGGCAACCGCGGCGCACGCGGUGAGCGCCUUCCUGGCCGCGCAGAAGUGGAGGGUCAGCCUCCGCCAGCAGAGCGCCAGUGACUACAUCCGCGCCCGCACGGAGUCCAGAGACGUGGACAGCCGGCCCGAGAUCCAGCGCCUGGACACGUGAGGACGUGCCAGAGUCCUCUUCCCUCUGCUCCUCGUGCCCGUCCUUUCAAUCAAGUUUUUCUGUCCCUCAUCACGUCAGAUUUUCAUGUGA